UCACCAUCAUCUCAAUUCAAAACUUUGGACUUCAAUCCCCUACUCACAAUGUCAUCCAUCUACUGUUGUUCAGAUAUACGUGGCUAUAGAAAUGCUACCUUGUCCCACGAGUCGAAGUUCAGCGCCUUUACGGCAUGGAGCAAUUUCCCCAAGGAAAGCAGCGUCACUACCUUUGAUGUUGUGCUUUCCGACAACCAAGCCACUUUUGCCAUACAGGUGGUAAAGCAAGUCAACUUUGGACCUCUCGAGAGCAAGCGAUACUUUGUCCGGGACGGAGAAAUAUUCGUCGAGGUGAAGGAGAAAUGGCUCAUUGAUGCGAACUUCCAGAAGCUCAACACGUACAAGAAUUUCAAGUGCGCUGCUCACAACAAGUUCUUUGAGCUCAACGUCUAUCAGAAGGAUCCGGUGAACAAGCAUCAUUGGCGUGCCGAUAUCGCCAGGCCUGCUGCAGAGAUCGAUCUUUGAAAGAUCAUGGCUUCCUGUUGUUGAACGUUAUUGAGGAAGGUAUAGCCUACAUUUUGUGCGUUGAUCCAGACGGCUGCAAAGUUGGACUUGUUACCUCAAUAUAUAGAAUCCC